UGCGGUAUCUCACAUUAGUUCUGCUAUUAUUCCAUUAUCAAGUAUAUAAAUAAUAGAGAAAAAAGAUAGGGACCGUAAUUGAAAAAGUACCAACAACAUCGUCAUCUCUGUAGAUUAAACUUGGAGAGUUUGGUUGGUUUGGAUCACGUUGGUUUGGAGAAAACGAGCGAAUAAGAGAUGAAGAGAUUGUAGACAUCGGUAAUCAGAUUCCCGCUAGUCGGCAUGACACGUUGGCCUUUCCUUUUCAGAUUAAAAAUGUCGCUUGUUAGUAUUUUACACACCUAUUGUGUUUAAUUAAGUGAUAUUUAGUGUAGUCGGCAUGUUGUACAUUAAUAAAGUCAUAUAUUUUUCUAUACGAGAUUUGUGCUGACGUACUGUAAAAUUUAUUAUACAUGCGUACGUAACUGUGUUAUAAAAAGACUUAAAGGCAGAAAAAUGAGAAUUGUACAACUUAGAAGAAAUCGGGUAGUUCACAUUGUAUUAGGUAGUGCAUUUGUACUUUUGAUUUUCUAUUUUAUAUAUUCGAUGCCACGUGAUAAAGUUAAGGGGUUGAAUAAGUAUUUACCGGAAAGCUUACAAAGCCAACAGGACCACGUACCUGAAUAUGUUAAAGGUUUAGGCAAUUUUGAACCCAAAGUUAAUACAAAGGUAGGACCUGGCGAAGAUGGAAAACCUCACAUUUUACGGGAUGAUCAACAAAAUGAUGCUCAAGAAUCCGAAUCGGCUUAUGGCAUGAAUAUUUUAUGUUCUGAUGAAAUUGCCUUGGAUCGAACCAUACCAGAUACAAGACCAAACGAAUGUCAACAUUGGAAAUAUCCAGAAAGUUUACCAAGAACCAGCGUUAUUAUAGUUUUCCAUAACGAAGGCUGGUCAGUUCUUAUGAGAACAGUUUAUAGUGUUAUAAAUAGAACACCGCCGCAAUUCCUUGAGGAGGUCCUCCUAGUCGAUGAUUUUUCGGACAAAGAGAAUUUGAAGGAAGAUUUAGAAUCUUAUAUCGAGCAAUGGGCAGGUAAAGUUAGACUUUUGAGAAAUUCAGAGAGAGAGGGUUUAAUACGUACAAGAUCUCGUGGGGCCAGGGAAGCCACCGGUGAAGUUAUUGUUUUCCUCGAUGCACAUUGCGAAGUAAAUUUAAACUGGCUACCACCGCUACUUGCUCCAAUAGCUGAAAAUAAUAAUGUAAUGACCGUUCCUAUAAUCGAUGGAAUUGAUCACAAAACUUUUGAGUACAGACCAGUUUAUCAAGAUGGUCAUUUAUAUCGUGGUAUUUUUGAAUGGGGAAUGCUUUACAAAGAAAAUGAAUUACCAUCGAGAGAAUCAAAAAGUAGAAAAUACAACAGUAUGCCAUACAGAUCCCCGACUCACGCAGGAGGUCUUUUUGCUAUUAAUCGAGAAUACUUUUUGUCUCUUGGUGGAUACGAUGAAGGUUUGUUAGUUUGGGGUGGAGAAAACUUUGAGCUUUCCUUCAAAAUCUGGCAAUGUGGAGGUAGUAUCGUUUGGGUUCCGUGCUCUCACGUUGGGCACGUCUAUCGAGGAUUCAUGCCCUAUAAUUUUGGAAAGUUAGCGCAAAAAAAGAAAGGGCCUUUGAUCACUAUCAAUUACAAGCGCGUUAUCGAGACUUGGUUCGAUGAAAAACAUAAGGAGUUCUUUUAUACGAGAGAACCUUUGGCUAGAUUACUCGAUCACGGGGACAUAUCAGAGCAAUUAAAAUUUAAAACACGAAAAAGAUGCAAGAACUUUCAGUGGUACAUGGACAAUGUAGCCUACGACGUACUCGACAAGUUUCCUGAACUACCUCCAAAUAUUCAUUGGGGAGAGUUAAGAAAUGUCGCUACCACUACGUGCCUCGAUACAAUGGGACAUGCACCACCUAAUCUUAUGGCGACUUCUCAUUGCCAUGGCUUUGGAAACAAUCAGUUAAUUAGAUUAAAUGCAAAAGGGCAGCUUGGAGUCGGUGAACGGUGCGUUGAAGCAGAUGGCCAAGGAGUGAAAUUGGCAUUCUGCAGAUUAGGAACUGUCGAUGGACCGUGGCAAUACGAUGAAAAAUCUAAAACACUCCUGCAUCGGGUUCACAAAAAAUGCAUGGCUCUUCAUCCACAAACACAUCACUUAUGGAUAAUGCCUUGUGACAUUAAUAAUGCCUAUCACCAGUGGACAUUUGUUCAAAUCAAUCCUCAUUGGUAAUAAAUAAAUCUGUUUAAAUUGUUGGAU